UCGCCCGCCCGGGCUGGAAUGGGGGGAAGCCCCCCGGGAGGUCGGUGCGAGCGCUUGGCUCAUCUCUCGGUGCCGGGAGGCUCUUUGCAGAGAUCUUGGGAGGCUUUCCGAAGGGCUGAUAUAGAUAUAAGGACAUUUCUACAUUGCGUCACGUGACAUAAUUACCACUAGAAUCAAUCAAGAUGAAUUGCACGUCAGCACACGGUGGGGAUUUUUUCUUAGUUGAUCCUGUCCAAAGCCUCUUGUGCAAUAGAUGGAUCUUGUUCAAUGCACUGAAGUCUCCCGGUCGCCUGCCACCGCCAACGGGGAGACAUGACCGAGUUUGAGGACUGCAGCCACAGUGCAGCCAAUAUGUAUCUGCCGGGGUGUGCUUAUUACGUCUCCCCUUCGGAUUUCUCCACGAAGCCCUCGUUCUUGUCGCAGUCGUCUUCCUGUCAAAUGACUUUCCCUUAUUCUUCUAAUUUACCUCAUGUGCAACCUGUGCGGGAAAUGGCAUUCAGGGAAUACGGAUUAGACCGCAGCAAAUGGCAGUACAGGGGCAGUUAUGCUCCCUAUUACUCCGCCGAGGAGGUGAUGCACAGAGACUUUCUGCAGCCCGCGAACAGGAGGACGGAAAUGUUAUUCAAAACGGACCCUGUGUGCAAUCACCACGGACCCUCCGGCGCUGCCUCCAACUUCUACAGCUCGGUGGGGAGGAACGGGAUCCUUCCGCAAGGCUUUGACCAGUUUUACGAGCCGGCCCCUGGCCCUCCGUACCAGCCCCAGUCCGAGCCCGAGGGGGACGGCGACAAGAGCGACCUGAAGGCUCAGAGCAGCACUUGCAGUAAAACACCUUCCAGCCAGGAGAAGAAAGUGACACCAGCAAACAGCGUCGAGUCCCCUUCUGGCGAGGCUGUUGCAGAGAAGAGCAACAGUUCAGCAGUUCCUCAGCGCUCAAGGAAAAAGAGGUGCCCCUAUACCAAAUACCAGAUACGAGAACUGGAACGGGAGUUUUUCUUCAACGUGUACAUAAACAAAGAGAAGAGACUGCAGCUGUCCAGAAUGCUGAACCUCACCGACCGGCAAGUCAAAAUCUGGUUCCAGAAUCGAAGGAUGAAAGAAAAGAAACUGAACAGAGAUCGACUCCAAUAUUUCACUGGGAAUCCCUUGUUUUAAAAGAAAUCAGAAAGGGGGGAAAAAGAGAGAAAAAUAACAAGAAAAGAAAACCUCUGCCUCUCUAGCCAAGCUGCCAUCUGAACGCAAAAGUAAAUGGGUUUCCAUGACACAUCCACCCUGCGGAACUCAAAGUUUCCUUUUCAUGUUCAACUCUGGUUCCUUCCAACAAUCAUGUCCACUGGAGAUUUCGGGGGCUUGGCGGAGCACAAUCCUGCUAAGGGGAACCUAGGGUAAAUCCAAAAAGUCCAUUCUAAAAUGUUGAUCGCCAAAGGUGUAUUUUUUCCUUCCUCUGCCUCUCUCUCCGUGUCUCUCUUCCCCCCUCCCCCUUUCUCUCUCUGUCUCUCUCUCUUUCUCAUAGUGAGUGACACCAAUGGACCUGCAGUGUGUCUGGUAGUUUUUCCUUUAAAAAACAAGUGAGUUUGGGGAUAUUUUCUGUUGUUGGUUUCAGCUAGGAUAACCCUUUUCUCCCUUUAAAUGAAUGCAGUUUAUUUAAAAGACGGUAAAUGUACAUUCGAUAUAAAUCUAUAUAAAUAUAUAUAUAUAUAUGUUUCUAUUGUCAUAUAAACGCAUGAGCCACUGUCUUUUUCAUGUGAAUAAAGGGUUUCUAGUAAAGUU